AUGCCGAGUAACAUUAUCUUUGUAAGUAUUUAUGCUAUUAUUAUUUCAAGAAUAUUUUCGAUUUUGAGUACACUCAGCUUUUUCUUUUUGCUUUUCAAAGGACCUGGUAUUCUUUGUUCGACUUAAAUCAAUAGCGAAUAAAAAGUUUAAGUUUUUACUCCUCAAGGAGAUAAAUAAUUUCAUUUUACUGAUAAAACCAAUAAGACAGCUGCUAAAAUUUUGCAAUCAUCUCUUGUAAUUUAUAAAAGAAAGCAUCUUAAUUCAAUCAAAGAAGAUGAAUCAAUAAAGGAAGAAAAAUAAAUUGAAAUCCCUUCCCUCAUUUAAUAGGAUAAUUCAUAAUUACAAGAAAAAUAGUCUAAACCAUAACCAUAAUCUGUUGUAUAUUUAGAAUAGCUAUAUUGCAUUUCGUGUUUGAUUGAUCAAAUCUUAAGAUCUCGUCACUGUGUAAAAUGUGGGGCUUGCAUUUUAGCAUACGAUCAUCACAAUUUUAUACUUGGCAAAUGUAUUGGUGAGAAAAACAAAUUGAUAUAUUUAAUCACCCUUAUAUUCCAUAGCAUACAAGCUAUACUAGCUACGAUAUACCUAAAUCAUAUUACCUUUGUAAAUGGAUAAUAUUAUAUACGGAGUGAAAACUGUGUCCAUUUCUCAUUUUUUGCUACCCUUACUUAUUUACUUUCUCUUAUUAAAUAUAUUUUGAUUGGUGACAAAAUUAAACCCUAGGCUGAAAACAGAUUUAUGAACAUAAGUUAAGUUUACAUGGAAGUAUGUCUAAGAUGA